AAACAGAAGAAACAAAUAUCUAAGCCAUAGCCAUUUCCCCUCUGUCUGCGGCCAUGGCCAUGGCGGUCUCGGCCGCUGCCUCUUCCGCUUCGUUAUCGGCCGCCUCAUCCGAUCACAAGCCCUUCGAGCCUAACAACGAGGCCAUCAGGAAGCGGCUUCUUCGCAAGGGUGUCUUCCCCACCCCUAAGAUCCUCCACGCCCUCCGCAAGAAAGAGACCCAGAAGGCUCUCCGCAGAGCCAAGAAACAAGCCCUCCAAGUACAACCUUCUUCUGUAUCGGAGUCGCAGAGUCGGGACUUGGAGGGCGAUGAUCUCUUCCGCACCGUCUCCGCUGAGUACCGUGCCGUGAGGGAGGAGUUCCGCCGUAGAGACGAGAAGGCGGUGGUUCUCGCCGGGAAGCCAUGGGAGGGUUCCAAGGCUGUCGACUUGAGAGCUCUUACGAGCGCGAGAGAAACCCUCGGAGAUGGGAGACUGAGGACUGAGCACCUGGAGGAACUGAGGCGGAUGCUUGCGGAGAGGAAUGGGGAGCAGUUCCGGUUGUUGUUGAUUAAUGAUGAAGUAGAAGAUACGGGUUGUGAUUUUGGAAAUAAAGAAGUGAAAAAACCACCGAAAUCAUGGCUGAUGAUAGAAGAAGAAGAAAGAAUUCGCUUGCUUGUUGACAGGCUGAGCAGUUCGAACCCAAGUAUGCAAGAUUGGAAGUUUUCAUGGAUGAUGAGGAAAUCAGGUAUAUUGUUUACAGAGAUGUCCCUACUCAAAAUAAUUGAACGGCUGGGACAUCUUGGAAAGUGGAGUUCUGCUCUGUCUGUUGUGGAAUGGGUAUACAAUGAAAAGAGCUACAAGCAUAAGAAAAGCAGGUUUGUGUACACCAAGCUUUUGUCUGUUCUUGGAAAGGAAAGGAGACCAAUUGAAGCUCUUCAACUAUUCAAGAAAAUGCAGGAAGAUGGGCAGUUAUAUCCAGACAUGGCUGCAUACCAUAGUAUCUCAGUCACACUUGGUCAAGCUGGUCUUGUACAUGAGCUAAUCAACAUUAUCAAUUGCAUGAAAGUAAAACCCUCCAGAAAGCUUAAGAACAUGAAUCGCAGAAACUGGGAUCCCUGCAUGGAGCCAGAUAUUGUCAUUUAUAAUGCUGUUUUGAAUGCUUGCAUUCCAUCCCAUCAAUGGAAAGGAGUGUUUUGGGUGUUGGAACAGAUGAGAUAUAGUGGUUUAAAACCUAUCGGAGCGACAUAUGGUUUAGCUAUGGAAGUCAUGCUGAAAGCGGGGAAGUAUGAUCUGGUACACAAGUUCUUUGAAAAGAUGCGAAAAGGUGGAAUAGCUCCCAAAGCACAAACCUACAGAGUUCUUGUUAGAGCCUUUUGGGAAGAAGGUAAAAUAGAUGACGCACUUGAAGCCGUCAUGGAAAUGGAACAUAGAGGAAUUGUUGGAGCAGCUAGUGUCUAUUACUAUUUUCCUGCUGUAUUAUCGACAGGUUAUGUUUUUUCAAUGUUAAAAUUGCAGGUUGAGAAAUUAAAAAGGGUCCCUUUUAGAAAACCUUUGGAGGUAGCAUUCACUGGUAUGAUCCUAGCUUCAUUGGAUGGUGGAUUCGUUGGUGACUGCAUCUCAAUUUUUGAACAUAUGAAAGACCACUGUGCUCCUAAUGUUGGAACCAUAAAUGCCAUGCUGAAAGUCUAUUCUUGUGCUGACAUGUUUGCAAAAGCUAAAGAACUAUUUGAAGCUACUAAAGCCACACAUGGCGGUUUAGAAUCCUCUGGAAAUUAUUCAUCUCUUCAGCUGGAUUCAUAUUCAUAUAAAUCUAUGCUAGAGGCAUCUGCUUCUUCCCAACAAUGGGAGUACUUUGAGUAUGUCUACAAGGAGAUGAUUUUGUCUGGUUUCAAGCUAGAUCAUAGAAAAUUUUCAUGGUGCCUAGUUAAAGCAUCCAGAGCUGGAAAGUGGCAUUUGCUAGAGCAUGCAUUCGACACAAUUCUGGAGGCUGAAGAAAUUCCUCAUACAUCGCUUUUCAUGGAAAUGAUAUGCCAGACCAUCGCCCAAGGGGAUUUUGGAAGGACAGUGAGUCUACUCAACAGUAUGGCUCAUGCUUCGCUUUCAGUGAGUGAAAGUCAGUGGACCAGCUUACUGGAGAAGGAGAUCGCUACAUUGGGCAUGGGGAAGUUGCAAGACCUACUAAACCAUUUGCAGAGCUGCAGCCUUGUGAUGGAAGAUCCCGUCCCAAUUUUUUUGAAGUCACUGCACUUGAUUUCUGGUCGAAGAUUUUUGGAGGGCACAGCGUCUGUUGCAGGUUCGAUUGGCAGUUUGGAAAAUGAUGAAAAAAUUAAGGAUUAUCAACAUGUUGAUGUGCCCGGCCGAAUAGAUGGCAGGGCGCCAUCUCUUUCUACUUCUUAUUCAUGCAGUCUCGUUGAAAUGCCUGAUGCAGAGAGCAGCGCUAAUGCCAGUUUGCAGGGAGAAUUUGAUAAUUUGGAAAGCAGUUCACCUGCAGGGGCUCAAAGAAGCGAACAUUCCUGUUUUCAGCACAACGAAGAGUUUUAUUUUACUGAUUCAACACUGGAUUUGUUAACUUCUGGAAUACGAACACCUUUCUCAGAAUCGCCGCCAGCAUCAGAAAUACUUGAAAGGUGGAGAAUUAGGCAAGAAGAUUAAGGAUGCACUUUGGACAAUGAACAAAUCAUUUCCUUUUUGUUUGAUGUUAUUUCGUGUCAAUAUUAUCCAUAGAAAAUGAUGUGAUUUUUUCUAAAUUUUUAUUUUGAUAUUAGUUUAAAAUUUUAAAA